AUGAAUCAAACACACUCCUCGCUUUCCUCGGCUGCUGCUAAUUUUUCUAAUCUUGCUCCUCGCCAAAAUAUUUGGGCAGAUUUGACCGACCGGGAGGUUGUGGACGUUCUCGCACAUGUCCACUCUGUGACUUCGAACCUCAAUCUCACAGCCGCUGUGAAUGCUUCACUUUGGGACAAUUUCGUCCAUAGAAUUGAAGUAGCUCAGCCCUCCAAGAAAGACGCUCUGCCGUUCAUCGCCGGUAAAUCCAGCAAACCACCACCACGAUUCGCGCGGAUUGCCGUUCACCAUGGUACAUCCUCCGAGGUAUACUGGGACGAAUACCUUGUGGGUCCAUUGCCGGUGUCGGAAAACACAACCAUAAAGCCACUUGAAUAUAGUCAUCGGGCGGAGUUAGAACAUGCGCGGAACCUGGUACCGGAUACACUUUCGUUCAAACAGUGGCCCUACUCAGUCGCUGAGUCCGUGGCCGAUAUCACUCAAGAUCUCCUGGGAAGCACAAUCAAUGCAGGCAGAAAUAUCGACCCAGAUGGCCUGGAGCUGAACUAUCGUGAUCCCUGGGUCGAAGAUGGUCAUAUCCUGCGCUGGUGCAGUUUCCAGCGGGCUGGCACUCGGGCUGAGGCAGGAACUCUUCUCCCACAAGGUCUUUACGUCAAACUGGACACCACGGGACGAGACUCAAAGAAAUGGAAGGUUCUCAGAUGGUAUUAUAACGGGCAUCUUUAUAACUCCACGGAGGAAUUUCGCACUGCAUGGCAAUCGCCUGGAUUUGAGAAAUUGCCUCCCAACUAUGAUGGCCCCUGGACCACUAUCGAAGACUUCUCAUCUCAGGUGCAGGAUCGAGAUAUGCCAGCUCCAUUAGUGGUUCAUCCAGGAGGCCCACGGUAUCAGCUAGAUCGCGAAGCUCAAUACGUGUCAUGGAUGGGCUUUACCUUCUACUGGUCAUUUGCGCAGGCAACAGGGAUCACAUUGUUCGACAUACGCUUCAAUGGAGAACGCAUCCUUUACGAGCUAGGCCUUCAGGAAGCUAUGGCACAGUAUGCUGGUAGUGAUCCACUACAAGGGACGGUAGCAUAUUUGGACAGUUUCUUUGGCUUGGGCCGUGCAAUGUUCGAAUUGGUACCCGGUUACGACUGCCCCACUUAUGCAGACUUCAUGGACACAACUAUAUAUGAUGCUGAGCGCACUCAACAGCGACGGAAGUCGAUAUGCCUGUUUGAGUAUACGGCGGAUUAUCCCCUACAGCGACAUUCGACUUCAUUCUUUGUGACGAUUUCUCGAAAUAACUAUCUCGUGCUGCGAACCACAGCUGUAGUUGGAAAUUAUGAUUACACUGUUGACUACGUGUUCUAUCUGGAUGGAAGCAUCGAAAUCAAACUACGGGCCAGCGGAUACAUCCAAGGUGCGUACCUGAUGCCCGGAGAGAGCCAGGAAUAUGGGUUCCGUGUCCACGAUCAAUUCGCAACAAGCAUGCAUGAGCAUGUCAUCAAUUUCAAGGCCGACUUUGACAUCCUUGAUACCCGAAAUACUCUCGUCAAGGUGAGCAUCGAGCCAAAGACCAAAUUGUAUCCCUGGUCGGAAGGGAAAGCAUUGCCCACUAUGGGGCUCAACAGAACUCCAAUUUCGGAGGAAACUGGUCUCAAUUGGCCCGCAAACUCACAGGCUAUGUAUAUUGUGACAAACAAUCAGUCACAUAAUCAAUGGGGAGAGACUCGGGGUUACCGUAUCAUGCCUGGCUCGGGAAUGGGCACACCCGCGCAUCUGGCAUUCGAAGGUUCUCACGCGCUAGGCAGAGCGGCACCAUGGGCUCUGAAAGACCUUUGGGUCACGAAGCAGAAAGACGACGAGGCGAGGAGUGCCAGUCCACGAAAUGCAUUCAACACUGAUCAACCCAUGGUUGAUUUUAGCCAGUAUGUUGAUGGCGAAGAAAUCGAACAAGAAGAUUUGGUGAUAUGGUUUAAUCUGGGGAACCAUCACGUACCACACUCGGGUGACAUUCCCAACACCCUGCAACACACAAGUGCCAGCUCUGUCAUGCUUAUGCCAUUUAAUUUUCACGACCGCGACGUCAGCCGCAAGAGUGCACAAGGAGUUCGCGUGGAUCUUGCCGGUAAAGGUAAUGGAACAGCGAAGACCCAGUAUUUUGGGCACCACUACGAGCAUAAAUUUGUUUUAGAUGAGAGCGAUGUGGUGCCUAACUUGACUGCAUAUGGCGCCUCAGAACACCGGGUGAGAAAAUUUCCAUACACCGAAGAUAUGCUGGCAAUGUGA